CACAAAACCUACCUCAUAUACGAGUGCAUAAGGCAUUUAGAGAGAGAAAGAUCUUUGCUUAUUUAAUUGCUGCUCGUGGUUGAAUCUUGUUCAUAUCAAUGGCUUCUCAAUUCAUGAAAAAUGAGAGAGAAAUUAGCGAAGUUGAUGACACUGCUGCCAAGACAUCCGUUCCUAUAGAUGGUAUUGUGGAAGAAAUGACAACCAACAUCGCACCAAAGCUACUCCAUGUUUCGCCAUUGCCAGCAUCCUGCUGCAUCUUCAGAGUUCCCCUCCAGAUUCGGCAAAAAAACGCACAAGCAUACGAACCUUACGUCAUCUCAAUCGGACCCUUUCACCGUGGCCGCGGUGGUGAUCAAUUCCGAUUAAUGGAAAAUGUGAAGCGCUGGUACUUACAGUGCCUUCUUUCACAUGCAAAAGAAACUUUGCCAGGCUUGAUCAAAGGUGUCUCGGAUUUGGACAAGCGCGCUCGUGAUUGUUACGUAGAGCCAUUGGGUCUCAACAAGGAAGACUUUGUUGAGAUGAUGGUACUCGACGGAUGCUUUCUAAUCGAACUAUUUCGAAAAGGACCUUCCCACGAUCUACAAGACGAGAAGGACCCCGUUUACUGUAUGUCCGGCAUUCGGCUAUAUCUUUACCAUGACCUUCUCCUGCUAGAAAAUCAGCUGCCAUGGUUUGUUCUCGAGCGGUUAUACAAUUUAACUGCCGUGAAGAAUACUACUAGCGAAGGAAAUGCCUCCUCCCUCGCCGACCUUGUCCUCAAGUUCUUCAGAAAAUACGUCGGGGACAAUUGCAUUUUAAACUCAAGUGUGAAUCUCCGUCCUGAAAUCCUGCACAUACUCGAUCUCAUAAGAACCGCGAUCAUUGCCACUUCUAAAGACGACAGCACGGGGGAAGAGAUGCCGAGGGUUCCAAACGUGACAACCCUGUCCGAAGCUGGCAUUAAAUUCGAAGCUGGCUUUAAAUGCAAAGAAGGUCCUUCGGGUGGCAUAUUGAACAUGAAGUUCGAAAAAGGGAAGUUCACUAUGCCACAACUAGUAAUCGACGAGCGGACAGGGCCGCUCCUCAGGAACCUCAUCGCCUUCGAGCAAUGCUACCCCAGCUGCCCCCACAUGAUAACGAGUUACGCCGUCCUGAUGGAUAAUCUCAUCAAUUCGAGCAAGGACAUCGACCUUCUUUGCGAGAGGAAAAUACUGGUGAACUGGUUGAGCUCGGAAGACGCUGCAAAGUUCUUCAACGAACUGUACAACGACACAACGGUCGUGGGAUCCUACUACGGGCAACUCUGCAACGAUGUGAACGAGUAUUAUGAAAAAAACUGGAACAAGUGGAUGGAAAAGCUGAAGCGCGAGCAUUUUAAUUCGCCGUGGGCGAUUAUUUCCUUGGUUGCGGCGUUUAUUCUGCUGGCUCUCACAGUGUUGCAGACAUAUUAUACAAUUCAUCCGUAUUAUUAUCCUCCUAAGUAGUUAUAUUAAUAUGGAUGUAAGUUAACAGAAAUAUUUGGUUUGUUAUUUGUCUUGAUUCUGUUUCGUUGCCAACGCUUAGGGCUUGGACAUGAAAUGGGCUUCUGCGUGCGUGUUAGAAACUUGAGCUACAAGUUUCGUCAUUUGAAGUUUAUUUUUGGACAACCAUGUAGAUAGAACUUAAGUGUGACGGCUUGAUCACAUGUCUUGUCCGACCACCAAAUAAGAUGUUGUCACGUUGUUAUAUCUUGUAUUAGUUGUUGAAGAUUUUGUUUAUUAUGAUUGUUAUCAUAGUCAAUGUUGGGUUUUAUGUCUCCUUUGACAAAUUGUAUUUUUCUUCUCUUUUUAAUAA